GUUAUUUCAUUAAUACUACCGUGUUCCCCAAUGUUAUUGAGUGUGUUACGCGUUGGUCCCGUUUAAAAAAACGCUGUGGUUAUUUUGUUUCAAGCUGGUGUUUAGGGCCGGAAAAAUGGCUUGUUCAGAAACGACAGGGUUUUCCGGCUUUCAGGGCUUACCCUCAUGAAUAUGCGUGACGCGAUAAGUAGGUGUCUCUGAUUGGCUCCCUCUCAUGAAUAUGCGUGACGUGAUAAUGAGGUCUCUCUGAUUGGCUCCCUCCCAUGAAUGAAUGAACCCGCCUCCCCCGCUCGCGCUAUGUACAACUUUGGGGAGCUACAAGCUGUUAGCUAGCUUAGCCUACCGGUACUUGGGUCCGUCUGCUGGAAAACAUUGUUUUUGGAACUAAAAUCUCAACAUGUCUUCAGAGAUACAGCCGUAUAUAUAUGAUCCUGAGUCAGAGGACGAUGGAGAGGUGGAGGAGGAACCGAUUCCUCAUCGUUUGACUAUGAACGUUUCGGAAUGGUGUUCAUGCGACAAUUGUGAAAGAAUGCCACUGGAGGAAGAGAACGUUUGCUGUCGUGAGAUUCCCCAGGUAAUGACAAGACUGACCGAUACCAUCACCCCUGUUGCCUGCAUGAGCCAACACCCUGGACUAGAACCUGUGUGCCUAAAUAUAUAUGCACUGCAGAAAGCCCUCAAUGACUUCCGGACAGACCACGGAAGCCUGCGAGUGAGAGGCUACCAAAGACGAUGCCGGCAUCUGGCCUACAGAUGCUUCGUCAGUUGGUGCUGGGGCUGGCUGGGGAGAAAAGUCCGCGUUGUCAUCCCGGCAUGUGUCGUUCGGCGCAUCAGACAGGAGUUUCCGGACACGGAGGGCCAGUAUGUAGGCUUCAGGGCUGCCCUUGAUUGA